ACAGGGGGGUAUACAGGGUAUACAGGGUAUACAGGGUAUACAGGGUAUACAGGGUAUACAGGGUAUACAGGGUAUACAUACAUACAGGGUAUACAGGGUAUACAGGGUAUACAGGGUAUACAGGGUAUACAGGGUAUACAGGGUAUACAGGGUAUACAGGGUGGCAUACAUAGGCAUACAGGGCAUACAGGGUAUACAGGGUAUACAGGGUAUACAGGGUAUACAGGGUAUACAGGGUAUACAGGGUAUACAUAGGUAUACAGGGUAUACAGGGGGGUAUACAGGGUAUACAGGGUAUACAGGGUAUACAGGGUAUACAGGGUAUACAGGGUAUACAAGGUAUACAGGGUAUACAGGGUAUACAGGGCAUACAUAG